UCUACGUGUUCAACUUCAAGCCCAUAACCAUUUAUAUUUCUCAGAAAUUCACAAUAAAACCCACCAACAAAAAAUAUUAAAAAAUCCUCCUACUCUCUACCCCUUUCGCUUCUUUUCUUCCCUCUCUCUGCUCUCUCCUCGCUCCUUAUCAACAAUGGGUGGUCCGAUUGUGUUGACCCAGCUGGCUACGGGUCUCGGCGUCUUGGCCGGGGCGGUCCUCGUCAAAUCGUUCAUGGACCAGAAGCCCAUGGCCGGCCCGUUUCCCAGGUGCCCCAGUUGCAAUGGCACGGGUCGGGUCUCCUGCUUCUGCUCGCGCUGGUCCGAUGGCGAUGUAGGGUGCCGGAGCUGUGCCGGGUCCGGUCGCACGUUCUGCAGAAGCUGUGGUGGUUCGGGUACAGGUCGACCCCUUCCGGUUCAAAUAUCCGUACGGCCUCCCACCCCUCCCUCGUAGUCGGUGUUUCCGGUUUUGCUUGUUAUUAGAAAGUUAUAGCAUAUCUCUCCUUCCUCUCAAUUUUUUUUUCCAAAAAAAUUGAAAAUUGAAAAAAUUACAUCCUGUAUUAUAGUAAGCUGCUGAUACUUUGAGAGAAGGAGAGAGAGGAGGUGAGAGAGAGUUCAUCAUUAGGCUGUAAUGAGGUGACUUUCCUAAUAUCCUGAUGAAAUGGAAUAUAUUUUUUAUAACUAAA